GCCGCUCACAACGCAGCAGCCCCACGCCGCCUUCACGCCGCUCCGGCCGCGGCGCCACCGUCACCGCUGCGUCCACGAGCCCCAGAACAAAGACAAGAUGUCCUCCGAGUGCCGCCGCGUCAGCCCCUCCGUCCGCGGCAGCUCGUUCGACACGGCGCACCGCAAGAAGGCCGUCGCCAACAUCUUCGAGAACGUCAACCAGGACGCGCUGAUGCGCCUCUUCCAGAAGACCGGCGACAUGAAGGCGGAGGAGAGAGUGCGGAGCAUCUUCUCCUUCACCCUGGACCCGGAGGAGACGUCGCGCGCGCUGAUGGCCCUGAAGCAGAGGAAGAAGGAUAAGUUCCUCCAGAUCGCAGGCAUGGUGCGGCAGCUGCUCAAGAUGAGUUGACCGUGGUUCAACAGUUGUUUCACCACCACCGUGUCCGAGAACACUCCCGAGAGGACCGGGUUACCGCCGGGAUGCGCUACACUUGACGCCCGGGAAGGAAGCGUUACGCGGGUCUCCGCGCCGUGGACGCGCGGAGACCCGACCGACCGCUCCAGGGAGGACGGUCUCCACUCUAUGGAGGACCCUCUCUGUUCCAUGGAGGACAGUCUCCGCUCCAUGGAGGACGGUCUCCAGGGAGGAGCGCGUUGAGCUGGAAUAUGGCGCUCUCGAGCUCACAGUACAUUCCCCUGGAUGGCUCGAGAAGCCCCGCGGUCCAUGUGGUCCACCUUGACGUGGUGCUGCUGAACCUUAUGAACACAUGAUGCCUUGUUGUCUCUCAGCAUCACUUUGUGAUAUGAACACUAUACUUAGUGCCCACGAAUGUGCUAAAGUCACACAAUGAUUUGCAUUUUUGAUGUCAUUUUUCUUAAAAAUAAAUAAUGUAAUUGUUUGCAA